CCCUCAGGUACCAACCAGUCCUGAAUUGUGCAUGGGGGCGUAUCGACCCCAACCAAACAGGCUACGUCGUUUCGUUUAGGGGCUCGCGCCAACAUUGACCAAGGUCACCUAGACACCAGACGUCUGCGAGAUGGCUACACAGGGGCUAGACCCAAAACACGCGCUGCACGAGUGGCAAGCGCUUAGUCUUCUUGUCGCAUAUUGCAUACUGUAUCGUAUCCCAAUACACUUGUCUGCGGACACAACGGUGGCGCCGAAUAGAACCAGAGAUGAUCCCGCUGUGAUCAUCGCCCGAAUCAAACUUGUGACAUACUCAACCACAGCAUGCUCCGUUUUUACGUUGCUCAUACUCCUAUAUAUUGACGCCAACUCAAACCCACUGCACUUGCUUGGAUACUGGCCCAUCGGCGUCAGUGAAACUGCAAGGGCUCUAUUACUGAACUCGCUUCUAUUUGCUGGCCCUUUAUACGAAUGUCUCCUCAUUGAUGGAACUUGGCAGGACUGGGCCAAUGGCCUCCAACCUAUCCGAGCUGUCCUUUCCGAAUGGACCGAAUGGAGAAACAUUGUAGCAGGCCCGGUGACUGAGGAGUGCCUUUUUCGAUCUGCCGCUGUGCCCUUGCUUAUACUGUCCGGCAUGAGCAUGAUGAAAGUUGUCUUUCUCACACCCCUGGUCUUUGGAUCUGCUCAUCUCAUCCACUUCUACGAAUCUCGUAUCACCAACCCUGAUACUCCAAUAUCAAUAGCUAUCAUCCGAGCGCUAGUGCAGCUGACGUACACAACACUUUUUGGAGCAUAUGCCACAUUCAUCUAUGUUAGAACAGGCUCGCUCCUAGCUGUUAUUGCUGUCCAUGCAAUGUGCAAUGCUAUCGGGCUACGAUUUACAUGGGGGUAUGUCCAGCCAUAUUGGAUAUCACCAGUUGCUCCCAAGAACGCUACAGUCCUACUCCUCUGGACUGUCCCAUACUAUGUCUUAUUAUUCGGGGGACUUAUAGCAUGGUGGUCCUGUCUGUACUCACUUACAUACACAGACAUGGCGUUGGUUAAGCUUUGAUACUACACCGUACAGAAGAUAGAAAGUAGCAUAAUAAACCAUGAAUCAUAUUCCGAAUUACUAUCUCUAGCGUAUAUGCCCAAAUGUCUAGUAACACCGUAUCGAAAUUUAUAUACAAUUCUAUCCUCAAAAUCGGAGAUCGACAUCCAUACCGGGCAGUGAACCGGGCAUCAUGGGCUCUUCGCUGUCUCUUGCAGGGCGUCGUUGCCGAAGCGAAGCCCAUUCAGGCUCGGACGACGCUUCACGUUUGAUCGUCUCAUCCCUGACUUCCCGCUCGGUUUCUUUACCCUUGGAUCUCCCUAUGGAUCCGCUUCCUUCCGUCAUGGUAUCAUCUGGUCCGCGUGUGUUUUUCUUACGUGGCCAGAGACUGGGCAGCGCAAUCUCCUGGAAACGUGGCUCGACAGCUCUCUCAUCGAACCAACGGUGCAAUCGGGCUUCAACGAGCUGGGCAAUUUUAGGGACAUCUUGUAGUCGAGAUCUGCUUCCCAAUAGACUCCGAACGGAAAAGUCAAGCCGAUAGUCAUCCAAGAAGUUGAAAGUCAUCAUUGUUGGCGUUGAUUGAGAAGGGUUGCUCGGUAUGAAGGAUAUUGAAAGCGUACCACUAAAACGUACCACAGAUACUGCAAGAGCCACGGGAAGAACAGCAGAAAGCCGCUUCGGAUAAUUCAGAAGCAGCUUGGUUUCGACAGCCAGUGUUAGUAGAUCACUUAAGUCGACAUCCAUACGCGCUUGUAAUCUUGUUCCGUCCCUUGCUGCAGUGACUGGGUCAAAUUUGGCUCCACUGCCGAGGCUGAUUCCAUCUUCAUCAACAGGGAUAAUCCGACAGUUGCUAAAGAUGGGGAAGUCUUCGCCUAGGCUAAGCUCGGUGACGCGAAUUUCAUCAACGAAGUCUGGCCUAGAGGUGCCAUUCAAGGCUUUCGUAAGAGACGUAAGAAUGGCAUCAUCGUGCUGGGCAUCGCUGCGGAAUUGAGCAAUGGUUUGAGCUAUUAGAACAUUAAACCAGUCUAAGCUUUCUGGCUGAUGACUGUCAACAUUGUAGUAAGUUUUGCUUAGGAUCGAACCAAUAGUAAGAGUAGGCGAAUUGCGUAAGACAGUUGACUUCUUGCGUCCUAACGAUUGACCACGGCGUUGGUUAGGGGACCUAAGGCUGAGGAGUGAUUGCUUGUGCGCAAGCGUUCGUGAUCGGCGUUCGCUGGCUCGGAGCGAUGCUGUGGUAUCUGGCGAAGGUGGAUCACCGAAUAUGAAGAAUUUAAUGAAUGCAGCCAGAAUAAUGACGACUGAAAGUUGGCCAACGAUUAAACCUUGAGUGAAGGUGAGG